CUGCCCUUGGCCAGAGCCCCUCGGCCCGUGGAAGAGCCAGGACCGGCACGGGUCACAUUACACAUUACAGUUCAUUCCUCUGCCCUGUACACUAAGAGAUACAAGAACAUCCUGAGACACCUCCAGACACAUCCGAAACACAGGCCACCAUGUCACACUUCUUAAUGACAACAAGGGAGAGGAAGAUGCAGGCGGCGGCCAUUUGCAGAGAGAUCCGGGGCAGCGAUGAGCCCGAGGUGGAUGUGGGGAGGAAGGUGAAGGCACCUAAAGAAAUCAUGCUGGAUGAGCUUUCCUUAGCUUCCAACAGAGGAUCUCGCCUCUUCAAGAUGCGUCAGAUGCGCUCAGAGAAAUACACAUUUGAAAGCAUCCAGAAUAAAACUAAUGUUCAAAUCAGUACCAGUAUGAUUCCUCCUGUCCCAGGUACUGAAACCAAUGGUGUAGGAGACGACCAGGCACCAAAAACUUCUUCAAACACACCUAACCAGUCUACCAAUCCUGACUCUCUCGCUCCAGGUUACGGAGGUCCCCUGAAGGACAUUCCAGCCGAGAAGUUCAACUGCACAGCCAUUCCCAAAGCCUACCUCUCUCCCUGGGAUCUGGCUAUCAGCACUGACCCCUUGCUUGCUGACACACUGAAUGCACAAAUGCCCGAACCUGAGCCUCGAUCUGAGAUUCCAGAGUACAAGAGCUUUAACCGGGUGGCCACUCCAUUCGGCGGCUUUGGAAAAGCACCUAAAGUCCCAGUGAAGCCAGUCGAGGUGGACGUUGUCUCGGGCAUCCCCAGCCUCCCUCUCCCAGCCCCCCCAGCUGAGACUGUGUCCACACGGCCCACCUUCAACAGGACAGCUCUAGGCUGGGUGAAUGAAAGUGCCCCCCUGGUCCUUCCCACUGUCAGCCUGGAGCCCUUGUCAUCCGCACCAACCAUGUUUAUCCCUGAAUCUGAUGAGCUCUGAGCUUCACUCUCAUUACUAGCCUGGAAAAAAGUGAUGCAAUGAAUUUGCUUUAAGGGUCCAUAUCCUACAUUUACCUCAUAUUUUUAUAGUUCACUGAGGUCCUGCAAUGUUCCAAAAAUCAUCCAAAGUUAAUUUUUACACUGCAAUGUUCUAAUCUCCCUCAUCUGAUUUCUUAGAAAUAGACAGAGUUUUUCUGAUACUUUGCCUUUAGGAUGGAUACUAGCCAUCUCUUGAUGCCUGUUCUGAUUGUGUUCAACUAUAACAACUGCCAUAUAAAUGGGCGCAGCUUUUUUUGAAUAGUUACACAAUAUUUUAAACUCUUUAUUUCAAUAAAGCAAAGGGAAAUCCAUUUUCCAUAAUAAAUGCCCUAUAUUUAAAUGCAUCUUUAGAUAAAUAGUUAACCUGUUAAUUUAAUGUAUUUUCUAUUUUAUAUCAAGUGAAUUCAAUGCAUCGCUUUUUUUGCAGAGUAAUGUAAUGCACCUGAAGCUGCACUUUCGAAACUGAUGCACAAGAUGAUGCACAACUGUUUACAGUGUUACGCCGCCCGGUCAAGACAUGUAGACAACAGCGAGUGUUGAGGUGUUUUGUUGAAUCUAAAAGAAAUUUCUUUCUGGUUAAAACACUAUGUUUACUAAUAUUAUGUAACCGUUCCCCUCUUCACUUGUGUACUUCAAACACUGUAGCAAAUGGUCUUGUAAUAUAAAAACCAGCAAUCCUACAUUUCUUCAACUGUCAUGUGACCCUACACCUGUGCGCACCUGUGCACCUGUAAAUACACUUAGUGUUGAAGAUGAUUAACUUAUUAUUUGUUUCAUUAUUUAUUACAUUAAAAAAAUAAAUGAUGAAAUGUAAAA